AACAUUUUAUUACCGUCAACCUGUAGUGUGUAGUUAAUCAGAGUUCUACUCGGCGUAUGUAGCGAGUUGGUGCCGAUCGGUUGUCUUGUGCUUAAUGUUCGAUGCUAGUAAAUUCCACACCGACAAAUUUUUUGUCCAACCAUACUAAAUGAAAUUAAGUGAUAUGUUUAUAAAUGUUCGAGGAAAAAAGUGAAGUAAUAGACAACCAGUAACUGAGUUUGUUUUUCUACAAACUUUUGAACUAACAACAUAACAUUAUCCAUUAUGGACGCUUCUAAUGUUAAUAGACGACCUUCGGAGGCUGUUUCAAUAUUAAUGAAAGGUGUUCGGACUAAACGGUAUACAAUGGCUGUUUUAGGUUUUAUAGGUAUAGCUAAUGCGUAUGCAAUGAGAUCAGUACUGAGUGUGGCUAUAACAGAAAUGGUUGUAGACAUUCAUAAAACUACUCUCGAUCCAAACGGAUGUCCGGGGCCUGCUAUUACAAAGAACACGACAAAUCCUAAUGCAGAAUUUGAUUGGUCUGAAACACUACAAGGACAUAUAUUGGGAUCGUUUUAUUAUGGUUAUGUAAUAGCUCAGAUACCAGCUGGAAUUUUGGCUCAGAAGUAUGGUGGCAAGCAUGUGUUUGGUGUAGGGAUGUUAAUGACAGCUCUAUUAACUCUUCUAACACCAUUUGCUGCUAGAGCAGGACCAAUAUAUUUAAUCGCAUUUAGGGUACUGGAAGGAAUAGGCGAAGGUCCAACGAUACCAGCAAUGAAUGCGUUAUUAGCGCAAUGGGUACCCAUUAAUGAAAGAUCUACCAUAGGAUCGUUUGUAUUUGCAGGAAAUAUGAUCGGUACAAUAGUUGCUCAAAGUUCAGCUGGAUACAUGUUAAAAUUAACUGAUGACAAUUGGGCUUUGGUAUUCUAUACAUUUGGCGCAAUUGCACUUAUUUGGUAUGUUUUUUGGAAUCUUUUGGUAUUUAGUAGACCAUGUGAACAUCCAACUAUAUCCGAUUAUGAACUUACUUACUUAGAAAGACAUUUAAAAGGAGUGAACAAAAACAAAGAAAAAAUGCAACCAACUCCGUGGUUAUCUAUGCUUGUAUCAGGUCCCAUGUGGGGACUUAUGAUUGGUCAGAUAGCUCAUGAUUGGGCACUGUUUAUGAUUCAUACUGAUUUACCUAAAUAUAUGAAGUCUGUAAUGAAAUUUUCAAUUGCCGAGACUGGAGUUUGGAGUUCAAUGCCCCAUCUUAUUAUGUGGUUCACUGCUAUAUUCAGUGGAUGGUUAAGUGACUAUUUAAUAACAAACGAUAAAAUAUCUAUAUUGAAACAAAGGCGAUUAUUUUCAACUAUUGCUUGCAUUGGACCUAUGUUAGGAACAUUGGCAGCAUCAUAUGCUGGUUGUGAUAAAGUUCGAGUAGUCGCCUUAUUUACUGUUGGUAUGGCUACCAUGGGUUUCUUCUAUUCUAGUAUGAAAGUUAAUGUAUUGGAUUUGAGUCCUAAUUAUGCUGGUCCAGCAAUGGCGUUGGUUAAUGGAGUUGGAGCUGUAGCUGGCAUAAUAUCACCUCCUCUUAUUGGAUACCUUAUACCAAAUAAUACUCUUUUGGAAUGGCGAUAUGUCUUUUGGAUAAGCGGAGGAGUUGUACUUUUAGCUAACUCUGUUUAUGUGAUAUUGGCUUCAGCGAAAAUACAAUGGUGGAAUGAUCCACUACCAACAAAUGAACCUAAUGAUGUCAAUUUCAAACUUGCAAUUUAAGCCAAAAAAAAAGUUAUGAUGAACUGUAACACAAAAUUGACGAAGUAAUUUUUUAAAAUUUGUACAACUUAAUAAAUUUAUAAAAGGUAAUGACUAUGUAAAACGAAAUUGUUAUUCAUAUGCUAAUAUUAUUUCGGUUUAUUAUUAAUUUCGAGCUGUUCGAUAUAAAAUAUUUUUUAUAAUAUUAUGUUUGGAAUGUUAUAAAUAUUCCAAUAUAUUUUUUAAAAUUAAUUUUUUUUUAUUUAAUUAAAAGAAAAAAAAACCAAAGAAAAACUGCCGGUAUGUAUUUUUUAUGUUUUAUUAACUGAAAUUGAUUAAAAAUCGUACAAAUAAUAAUAAUAAUUAUAAAUUUAUUUUCUUCUUACUGAAUAUUUUUGAAAUAUUGUUUGUUUUAAAUGUGAAAAUAUUAAUGUUUUUUAUAAUCAAUUAUUUAGUUACUAAAUUUAAAUUGAAACUAUUAAUUGGUAUACUAUGUUAAGCAUAGAUAUAAAAAAUCUUACAUACAAUGUUCGGUAUAACUAUUAUCUUUACAUGAGUGCAACUAAUGUUGCCUACAAUUACAUGUUAUGCAUUUAAGUAAAAAUAACGAUUGUCAUUAGCAAAUUAUAUUUUUUAUCAUUAUUAUUUACUUGUAUUGUAUAAAAUAUUUACAAUUAACAAAUUUUUAUAUUUCAUUUACAUAUAAUAAAAUACAAAUAUAAACACAUA